UUUGCUCCUUUAACUGUGGCAUUGGGUCAUGUUGGUCGGUUGUUCAGUUCCAGCUGUACUUGAGUAAUCAUCUUGAAAACUUUAACAACAAACUUAAACCAAACAUCGCCAUUAAAAUGGAUAUCAAACCUAGAACUCUAAACAUCUGCCUCCUUGCUUUGGCCUUUGCGGUGUUCGCAGAAAGUGCCGCUGAAGAAAAGAGUGAGGAGUACGACUCCUACCCAAGCUACAGUUUUAACUAUGACGUGCAGGAUUCUGUUACUGGAGACAUUAAGUCCCAAACGGAGCAGCGUGAUGGUGAUGUCAUCAGAGGGCAGUAUUCGUUGCAAGAACCCGAUGGCUACCGACGCACAGUUGAGUACACGGCUGAUGCUGUGAAUGGUUUCAAAGCCACUGUUCGCCGUGAACAGGUUAGCGAGCCUAUAAAGGUAUUGACCCAUGCGCCUGCACCAACUCAAAAUUUUCAACAGCUCGAGAAUGAAAUCGCACCAGCUCCGUCUUCCCCUCCUGCCACUCCGAUCAAUCCUUCAGUCCGUAUAUCUCAGAGCCAUGAACAGCUGACACACAAAACCUAUAUUUCACCUGUUGUGACACCAACCUACAUCCGCGCUUAUGCAGCACCGACAUUGCUGCAUCACGCUCCUGCCACCCACGCUGUUAUACACCAUGCUCCAGCUGCAGCUGUUCAUUUGACCCCAACAACACAUUAUGUACAUGCUGCUCCAGCUGGAACCACUUUGCUGAAGACUUCUCCUGCAGUUAUCACUCACCAUGCUAUUCAUACAGAUGCGCAUCCUGCAGUGGUGAAGACAUCAUUUACAGCUCCACAUGUUUCAUAUGUUUACUAAAAAUUUUAAGCAUAUACAUUCGCACAUAAAUACAUACAUAUUAUUUCCGUUUACUGAAGUCGAAUAUUGUUGGCCUACGAACUAAAAUAUAUAAAUUUGUUAAAAUAAUUCAUUUCUUUCUUUGAAACAAAAAGAAAUGAGACGGUAUACACAUAUUUGGUGGUAAAGCGUCUAAAUAUCAUAUGGACAUGGAGAAUAAAGAAGAUCAGUGCAUUAA